CUGAGUUAACUUCGGGAUCAAUUAUUGCCUACUUAGAUCGCCUGUUACUUGCCUCGGCUACACAGAAGUUGUUUAACUGUAUAAUUGCAGACCCUUAUUUUCCCAAACUGUCAGCAUGCUUCAUUUCCUGAACUACAGUACUAGGAAUUUGCAAGCUUUUGUUAAGGAGUAGGUUACAACGUAACACGGAGCCUGAAGCUUACACCGCGGCUUUUGGACGUGCACAGACGUCAGCGCUAGCCGAGGACGCGCGUGUUCCGGGUUGCGUUUUAAUUGGUAUCAACAAGACUUCGCAUGUUGCAAGCGCUUAGGUCAACGCGGCUGAAGAAGUUCGGCAGUUUCGUGACAUGGCUGCUGUUGUCGUUGGUUUUGAGCAUCAGUGGACAGCCCUCGACAGGCAGGCUUCCAUCCACCCAGCGAUGACAAGACGGUUAGGGAGGGCCAACGGCCCUUCCUCUCCCUGAAGGAUCCCAGCCAUGCUGUUCGUGAUGAUGUACAACGCCUGUAUGAGCAGGGUGCCAGUGCAUCGGCAAUAGCCUAUCUGCUCUUUGCAGCAGCGCAGCCCCUGUCCGAAGCAGAGGGCUCGUCUAAUGUGCUGCUGCCGUACCUGACGCCCACUGUACUACGGCUGUACGUGUCGCGUCCCGAGCGAUGCAGCUCACCUCUUGCGGAGGAGUUGUUCGAUUUGUCACAGAAUCUGUAUGGCUCUGUUACACUGCAGGCCUGCCACUACGCCCUGUACAGAUCCCUACAGGCCACCUUUGCAUGGGUGCGGGACAACAUCCCGCUCGCUCAGCAAGGCAUACGCGGCCAGCCGCUCGCAACCGCUGCCUGGCCGGACUCCUCCCUCUAUCCCGACGCCCAAUUCUCAGCUGCCGUACUUGCAGCCCUAUCGGAACCCGACACCCUGCAAAACACAGCCACGCUGCUCAACGCAAGCUGCAGCCUGUCCACCUCCUCCUUCGCCUCCCUGGUUCCCCGCAUCUCGGCAGUGCUAACUCAGCUGCAUGCGGACCUGCCGCUGCUGCAGUCCGUAGCAGAGGGGCUGCACGACUCGCAUUGGGCACCAGAGGGUGUCCGACACAACAGCAGCAGCCACGACGGGGGCGGCAGGCGCCGAGCGGUGCUGGAACGCUGGGGCGGCUCCGCAGCACGUAGACUGGAGUUGGGAAAGAAGAACGUAGGAGGAGGAGAAGGGGUUGAUGGAGAUGCUGCCGACCCACAUGAAGGGCGUUCCCAUGGAGCAGCUCUCCUCUCCAGACGACGACAAGCGCUAACGCUGCCUUCGAACCUCUUCUACUCGUCGCCGCCCAGUAACUUUGUAGUAGCAGGGCCGGCGAGCACGCCGGCGCUCAUGAUUCCGAUGAUCUUCCACAUCAUGUUGUACAAGGACUCGACGGGCGCCACUGCGCCUGCAAAGUACGACCAGGCGCUGUCCUACGCACAGCGCAUGGUCCGUGUUGCAAACUACAUGGCCAAGCCGACAAACAUCCAGUUUUUCAUCAAGGAGGUUCGCAACGACGCAACGUUGUAUCCGAACCUGCUGCUCGCGGACCGAAGCAAGUGGCUUGCUGCGCCGUCGUCCAGCUGUACGGGUUCGUACUGCUUCUCUGACUCUACGUACAUGUCAAAACUGGUUGCCGACUUCCCCCGCUCCAUCAACGUGUUCGUGGCCAGCGACUCCACGUCUGGUGUGCCCUUGGGUUACGCAUACGUCCCAGGCUCGGACCUGUACCCCGAGUUUGGACACAUCUUUGUGACCUGGGACAGCCUCUCAGCCGACGGCUCCAACAGCCUCUCCCUGUACAACGACGGACCCAACACGCUGCUGCACGAGGCCUUCCAUCACCUGGGACUGCAGCACCCCUUUGGCGCCACCAACGGAGCGAGCACCAGCUGCGUGGACGGAGACUACGUGAUCGACACACCCGCCACGCUUGCGCCCGCCACUUCCAGCAGCUUCUACUCCACCGCCCAGGCCUACUGCAUGGAGCUGUUCUGGGGGCGCUACGGAGGCGAUUGGGACGCAGCCUACACGCGCUGGAGCACCACCCUGGGCAUUCCUGACACGGAUAUCAACACCUGGGCGGACACCUGCCCCACCCUAGCCGGAUACGACGAGCUGGGCAACUACAUGACGUACAACACACCGGUUUGCUUCGCGGCGCUGGGGCACUUCACGGCAGCGCAGGUUCAAAGGGUGCACUAUAUGACGUCGGAGCUGAACCCAAUCCUGUAUUCCUGGGGCCAGUACUACGCACAGAACGCUGCUCCACCGCCUCCCAUGGCCUCGCCUCCGCCCGAGUAUUACACCAACAUUUGCAGGGCAACGAAGAACAACUGCGCCUGCAAGAGCUCCUGGACCUACAACGGCAACACCUACUCCUACUGCGACCGAACGGGCAGCUCUAACUCGCUAUCUUGCGAGGUGGCCACCCCCGGCAGCUGUGCGGACUGCUCAUCGGGGUCCUCCUCAACCUGCAUCCUGAGCUGCACAGGCACUGCCAGGCAGUGUGAGAAGUCCCUGGCACCCGGCUUCUCAGCACCUCCUCCGCCACCGCCACGACCCCCCUCGCCACCGCCCCUGCCGCCCCCGCCGCCCCCUCGCUCCGUCCCAGCUGCCUGCCAGAAAUCCAUCAGCGGCUGCGACUGCCGGAGCACGUGGGAGUACGACGGCCACUACAACAGCUAUUGCGCCUCACCGGACGGCGACCCCCGGCUCUGGUGCCAGGUGUCGUACACGUGCGCCUCCUUUAACAACAGUAACCCCUACCAGUACUGCUCCGCAGCCAUUAACACCAGCUACUGCGGGGGUGAGGUCUACUUCUCCACCCUUCGGUCCACUCCGCUGCCGCCACUGCCGCCCCCGAGCCUGACACCCAGACCUCCGCCAGCGCUGUCGCCUCCCUCACCUCCUCCGCGCCCUCCGUCGCCGCCACCCGCACCCCCACCCCCAGUUGUGUACGUGGCGGAGGUGCGCGGCUCCCUCACCCUCAACGCCGCCUGCGCCCUGCUGUCCAACGCCAUCGACGCGCAAGCCCUCAACGCCAGUCUGGCCUCCGAGCUGGCCCGCGUGCUGGCGGUGCCGCUGAGCUACGUGCGGGUUACGGGGCUGGCGUGCGGCUCCGUGGUGGCGGACUACACGGUGGCCUUCCCCUCGGGAGCCACUGCAAGCCAGGUGCUCGCAGUCAGCAGCGCCACGGCCUCCCUGUCGGGCCAGAUCAGCACCAGCUACGGAGCCGCAAUCAGCUCCUCCUCCGGCGGGGUCACUGUGAUGCAGUCCUCGCUACUGUGCCCCGCGGGUACCGCUCCCUCCUCCGUCUGCCCCGGCUCCCCCCCGCCCUCACCAAGACCUCCCAGCCCGCCAGCCCCACCGCCCUCACCUCCCAAGGCCACCAAGCGCCAAAAACUCGCCAUCAUCAUCGGAGUGGCGGUCGCAGGCGUUGUGGCGCUGGUGAUCGUCCUCACACUGCUGGUGUACUGCAUCAUCCGCAUGAAAAAGGCCAACCACCUCGCCAACCACCACCACAACAACGCACACGGUCAACCGCCGCUGACUGGUGGGGGUAAGGUGGCGCCAGAGCCGCAGGCGCAAUACCCGGCGCCUGGGGCAGCAGCGCCGCCGCCGGCACCAGGGGUGGGGGGCAUGGGUAUGGGUAUGGGUAUGGGGAUGGCUCCUGGGGGGUACCCACCCCCGCCGGGGCAGCAGUACUACCAAGGUGCACCAGCUGGUCCGUACGGCAUGGUUGCGGCACCGCAGGGUAUGCCGUACUAUGCACCGUACAUGCAACCCGUGCCUGGGGCGUACAACGGUGCGGCGUAUGCACAGUAGGGAGAUGGCCAGUAGGCAGGGCUUGGUUGUGUGGCUUCACUGGCUUGUAUGUAGCGUUUGUACAUAGUGGAUGGUUCUUGUUCCGUGCAUAUUGGUAAGACGCGUUUGGCAUGACUCGUUUUAUGGUGUGGACGUACGUGAAAAUUGAGGUACCGUACUAAUUUGGGACUCGACUUGGCUUGACUUGACACGUGAAAAGGUUGUUUCUCAUAAACCGAGCGGUUAGCUCGAGGCAGGUGUAGGCGGGUGUUGCGUCGUUAUUUUUCCGGCGCUUAUGUAUUGGCUAUGGCUAUCCUACACUGUUCAUCCAUUCUUUGGGUUUGGAGGUAUUGAGGCUGCGCAUUGGAAAGGGCAGCUCUGGAAGCACUCCUUUGGGGCAACAACGACGACUCUUUUGACGAGGUGGGGUUAAGAUUUCAUCGUGAUUCCGCUGGGUGUUGACCCCCAGCUACAUACGUGUGAUCUGAAUUGGUUGGUGUAUGUUGGAGCAACGGUUGUUUCCUGCAGUUCAUAUGUGCAUCCCUUUCCGCUGCCCGGUACUCUCCUCCUUCACCUUUCUCCCCUUGUCCUUGCCCUUUUGUUGGAAAACGUUGGGUAUCACCUAAUCCUCCCCCCAGUGUUACUUGGCUAGUCAACAAACCAUUUCAACCCCGAUUUGAGCAUGAACUAUAUUGAUACCGCACACUGAGGUUUUGCAUGUUUUGUCGCAAUAAGGGGCCGACAGCCGUGCCACGGGGCAACAACCCUGUGCACGUCACACACCUGCCCGUGCGGCCAGUUUUCCUCAACGCAUGCCCGUUGGAACGGCGCCGUGGUUACCCGCUUGGUUCCAUGCAUGUGUUGUUAAACGGACGGCCUGUGAUGGUUUUUCCUGCUGCUUGCAAUGGGCGCGUUGGCCGCAUGGUUUGCACCGUUUCCUUGCGACCUGGAUGUGUUUUGUGAGGGCAGCUUGACAAGCGGCAGUCCUUGUUGUGGAUCAGCUUGGAGUGGGUACACUCCCGUGCAUAACUCAGCAGCCGUGAUAUGCGAAUGUAGGGGUGUUGUUGCGAGAAGCGCGUGGCGCGCCUGUACAUAUGUCUCUCGCAUUGUGAUCCGGACGUUCGUGAUUAGGCUGGAAUUGUGGCGGAACUUACAAAUUUUACAAACUCCCCCGCACUUGGUGGUGGAAGCGGGUCGAUGGUGGUGACACGAAAUUGUUUAACGCAAGGUUUGCCUUUUUAAAACACACGUGCGCGUCUGGUUGGCCGUAUUUCGCUAGCUGUGACGAAAGGGGUUCGGCUGGUUGGAGGUGCGGCUGGUGAUAGUACGACACACCUAGACGCGUGCUAAUUGUACGACACACCUAGACGCGCGUGCAUACAUUAUGCAUGAAUGACGGGGUGCCGUGACCAGGCCCCACACGCGGCAUUGGUGUUCGUUGCCCAUCAUCCUCAGCCCCUACAGGGUUUGGCCUGCCCUGCGUUUUGCUGCGCCAAUCUGUCUCCCUGCGUCCGUCGUCGAACAACUGUAAGAUUGUCGUCGUACACUGUAAAGGAGGGCGGCUUUGCUG